CACCAACAAAGGCAGUUGCAUCGCUCAGUGGUUGUUCUUAAUGUUCUGUGCUUCUGGGAGACAAACACUUACAGACCAGUAUGACGCUGCUAUGGAAGAUCUUAUUGGGAAUCUUUCUCAUUGGACGACUCAGUCAAAGUCAAGACCUUCUAGAGGAGAAUAAAGAGCAGACAGUGUUGGAUGAAGGGACUGAGGGAGGGGAGGACGUGGAAGAGCCUGAGGGUCUGGGAACAGAUGUCAGUCAACCUGAUCAUAGACAGCCGUGUGCCAUGUGGAUGGGAGGUGUUCCUGGCACACCUGGGCACAGUGGAAAACCUGGAAGAGAUGGCAGAGAUGGGCGUGAUGGACCGAGGGGUGAGAAAGGAGAUAAAGGUGAAGCAGGUGAGAAAGGAGAUCCUGGACAGAAAGGAGACAUUGGCCCUGCUGGACCAAGAGGCUUUCCUGGGAACCCAGGUCUGAAAGGGGCCCUUGGUGAAAGUGCUUUGUCUUACCAUUCAGCCUUUAGCGUAGGUCUGAGUGAGCUUGUUCCCACCACCAAUGUGCCAAUCCGCUUCAACAAGUUCUUCUACAAUGACCAGCACCAUUAUGAUGACGUUUCCGGAAAGUUCCGCUGUGUUGUGCCAGGAGUGUACUUCUUUACUUAUCAUCUCACCGUCUACACUAAAGAUGCAAAAGUCAGUCUCUACAUGAAUGACAAGACCAUCAUGUUCACCUUUGACCAAUACCAAGAGGCCAACGUGGAUCAGGCAUCAGGUUCUGUUAUCUUGCGUUUGGAGGCAGGAGAUGAGGUAUGGCUGCAAGUCUAUGGAGAUGAGGCAUUUGGGGGAGUGUAUGCAGAUAACACCAACGACUCUACCUUCUCCGGUUUCCUCCUGUAUCCUGAUAUUCCUGCAUCUGCACGGAGACGUUGACAAUACCUAAAUGAAUUAAUUUGGUUAUUUUUAGCAUUGGGAGAUGUGAUUCAGUUUUGCACCAAGCUAUAGUUAUGAGGUUCAGCAAAGUAUUGCAUGUCAUUUGAAAUCCAUUUUUAUUGCUGUUUUACAGAGCUUCAGACAUAAUGAAUCUGCUUUUGUUCUUGAAUGCCUGUUUGAGAAUAAUAGUAUAGUAUGUUUGCUUCCCUAUAAUAACUAAGUUCUAGGGCUGCACGAUUAUGACAAAAAUCAUAAUUGUCAAUUAUUCCCUUGAAAUUGUA